CGAGAGAGGAGACCAAUAACGGUACACACUCCAAUAUUUAUGGAGCCGAUGCCCGCAUAUAAGUGCACCGCAUCCACUCUCCCGGUGCAUGCGUGAAUACAUGCGUUUGGAGACGGAAGCGGGGAACGGCGUUUCGGGGAGGCGAAAACAAGCGGUCCACCAUUGUCUGCGUAGAAAUAAGAAUGGCCUGGAUGUGGAAGAAGAAGUCGUUGAUCGCCACCAGUCUGAUCGUGGCGGUGUCGCUCUUCGUGGUGGUGGUGAACUACUCGGAGAAGCCGUACUUCCUGCUGAAGCCGGUGUUGGAUCAGACGUUCAGCAGCCACUGGAUGUUCUCCAAGCAGCCGUACAAGGCCUUCAAACCUCACCUGGGCUACGUUAGCAUCCCCAAACAGGAACCUCUGAAGCUGCAAUGUGAGCUCUGCAGCAUCGUGUCCAGCUCCGGCCAGAUGUUGGGCCAGGCUGCCGGGGCGCAGAUCGAUCGCUCUCCGUGCAUCUGGCGGAUGAACAACGCGCCCACGCGGGGUUUCGAAGUUGACGUCGGCCAGCGCACCACGCUGAGAGUGGUCUCGCACACCAGCGUCCCCCUGCUGCUGCAGAAGCCUCAGUACUUCUUCGGACAGGCCAACGACACGGUCUAUGUGGUGUGGGGGCCGCUGAGAAACAUGAGGAAGGACGGGAAGGGCAUCGUGUACAACAUGCUGCGACAGGCGGCCGAGAACUACCCGCAUGCACGCAUCUACGUCACCACAGAGGAGAGGAUGAACUACUGCGACAUGGUCUUCAAGAAGGAGACGGGAAAAGACCGCUUGGAGGAGCAGUGAUCGAACACAUCUCUAAUUAUCCAGAUUGCCGCGAGCAGCCGAGGAGACGCGCCGCCUCAUCUUGAACUUGCUGAUCAGCAGAAACCAGCUCCGGCUGACUGACUCUCCAGUCAACCGAGUGACCAUCUCUCGGCCUGUAAUUUGAAACCAGAUAUGAAAAAUAUAUCGGGCAUUUCUGGACAGAGCUGAGGAUAUUAAACGCAAGGACGCUCGGAGGUAGAGAAGUUAUGAUGAUCUGAAGUGCUGGAGUUCCAAGACGAAACUAGCAAACAACCACUUGCCACAUUGCACACUAUUUCUAAGCAGACUUUGAGUAUGUUGUGUUUUUUUUUUUUUAAAACGUCAUAGUAUAGACUCACUGUACUGUUUUUAAUUAGUAUGCAAAUUCAAAUAAUUGUACUUAACAUUUAAACAAGAAAUGAAAGAAUACAUCCACCAUCAAAUAAACUGCAUUUUCGAUUU